AUGAUCUUAAAAGUAUCGAUUUUAAGUCUCUUAUUCACAAAACUAAGUCUCAUAAAUGGCUUGGAAAAUGGAUUGGCAAGAACCCCUCCAAUGGGAUGGAUGUCUUGGGCGGCAUUCAUGUGUGAAAUUGAUUGUGAGAAACGGCCACACGAAUGCAUUUCGGAGAGAUUGUAUGUGACAAUGGCUGAUCAAAUGGUCAAAGACGGUUUCCGUGAUGCCGGCUAUACAUCAGUUCACAUCGACGAUUGUUGGAUGGAGAAACAAAGAGAUUCGAAGGAGAAACUCGUCGCCGAUCGUGCCCGUUUCCCGAGCGGAAUUCGAAAGUUAGCGCAAAUGAUGCACGAUCGAAACCUAAAGUUGGGAAUCUAUGAGGAUUAUGGGAGUGCGACUUGUGCCGGAUAUCCGGGAAGUAAAGGAUAUGUUGAGACUGAUGCAAAGACAUUCGAAGAGUGGGAUACGGAUUAUUUGAAAUUCGAUGGAUGUAAUGUUGAUGUAACUGAAGUGAUUGAUGGAUUCAAAUCGAUGAAACGAGCGCUGAGCAAAAGAACAAAGAAAAUGGUGUACUCGUGUGAAUGGCCACUCUAUUUGCGAGUCAAUAAUCACACAGAUUGGAUCAAUUACACCGAUAUCGCUGAAAAUUGCAAUAUGUGGCGAAAUUUUGAUGACGUUUAUCCAAGUUGGAGCUCGAUUCUCGCAAUCAUCGAUUUCUAUGUGGAAAAUCAAGAUGAACUGGCGAAAGCGCAAGGACCCGGAGCAUGGAAUGAUCCGGAUAUGAUUCUUGUGGGAAAUGAGAGCCUCACUUACGAAAUGGCCAAGUCACAAAUGAGCAUUUGGUGUAUUUGGAGUGCUCCGUUGUUGAUAUCUGUAGAUCUUCGCAUUUUGAAAGCUGAAUAUCGAGAGAUUUUAUUGAAUCGAAAAGCGAUCGCAAUCGAUCAAGAUCCAAUGGGGAAAUUCGGGAAAAUGGUGCAAAAGGAUGGUGAUGUACGUGUUUUUUUGAAAACAAUUCAUCCAAUUGAUCCGCUCACGAAUGAAACUUCGUACGCGAUUGCUGUUUUCAACAAAAAUCCAAAGCAAGAAAAGUAUCACCAAUUCACUCUCGCUUCGCUUGGCAUCAAAUCGAGUCUCGGGAAAUUGAAAGUUGAAGAGAUUUGGAGUAAAAAAGUGUUAGGGAUCGUCGAAAUCGAUGCCACGAUACAGGUGAAAACAAAUCCAGCGGGGACACUUCUCUUCACGGCUAACAUUGUAAAGAAUCUUGAGAACUAUAUUUCG